AUGCCCCUCAACUUCCGAGAUCGAUUCAACGUCCCCGUCCUCAAGAACGGAGAGGAGGUUGCCUACCUCGUGGGUAACUCUCUGGGUCUCAUGCCCCACAAGACCCGAGACUACGUCAACCAGGAGAUGGAUGCCUGGUCCCAGCUUGGUGUCAAGGGCCACUUUGUCUCUGGCAAAGAGGACCUUGGCCAGGACGUCCACCAGGGUCCCUGGUACUCUUGUGACGAACCUCUGCAUGGUCUUGUUGGCCCCAUCCUCGGUGCCUCCGAAGAUGAGGUUGCCAUCAUGAACACCCUGACCUCUAACAUUCACUCGCUCUUCAGCGCCUUCUACAAACCCACCGCCAAGCGAAGCAAGAUCUUGUUCGAGGCCAAGGCCUUCCCUUCUGAUACCUACGCCAUGGAGGCUCAAGCCCGACUCCACAACCUCGAUCCCAGCGAGGCUCUCAUCAAGCUCGCGCCCAAGGAUGGUCUUCACACCCUUUCCGAUGACGACAUCAUCAAGGUCAUCGAGGAGCAGGGUGACGAGAUUGCCGUUGUCUUCUUCUCCGGUAUCCAAUUCUACACCGGCCAGCUCUUCGAUAUCCCUCGAAUCACUGCUGCUGCCAAGGCCAAGGGCUGUGUUGUCGGCUGGGAUCUUGCCCACGCCGCUGGUAACGUUCCUCUCAAGCUCCAUGACUGGAACGUCGACUUCGCUGUUUUCUGCACUUACAAGUACAUGAACUCCGGCCCCGGUGGUAUCGGAGGUCUGUUUGUCCACGACAAGUACGCUGAUGACCAGCGACCCCGACUUGCCGGAUGGUGGGGUAACAACGCCGAGACUCGAUUCAAGAUGCUCGACGAGUUUGAUCCCAUCCGAGGUGCUCGAGGCUACAAGCAGUCCAACCCCUCCGUUCUCUGCGUCCUAGCCCUGCGGGCCUCUCUUGAGCUCUUCAAGGAGGCCGGUGGCAUUGAGAAGCUCCGAGAGCGAUCCAUCGAGCUUACUAACCGACUCCUCAAGGGUCUCCUUGCCUCCCCUCACUACAUUGCACCCGAGAACAUUGAGAUCUUUGGUAACUCUGGCAAGGCCUGGUUCACCAUCAUCACCCCUCAGGCCGAGCACCAGCGAGGAGCCCAGCUUUCUCUGCUGUUUGGUCCCGACGGAACCAUGAAGAAGGUCUUUGACUACCUUGAUGACCAUGGAGUCCUCGGUGACGAGCGAAACCCUGACGUCAUUCGACUGGCCCCUGCCCCUCUCUACAACAACGAACGGGAUGUUGAUCUGGCCAUCAAGCUCAUUAAUGACUCCAUUAACCUGAUUAACGGCUCUGCUUAA